UUCAAGUUGAAUACUUUCUCUCCUUUGCUUAAAUUGGGAUAUCUCUUUACAAUGCUCUCUGUCCUACUCCUUUUCACACGGAUAAGGUUUACAAUAGGAAGGUGUUUAAGACACAGGAUGGCAAGGGUUUAAUAUAGCAUGGAUGGUCGUGAAGGUUGGAUGUUGCCAAACGGCUUUUCUCCUAAUGGUCUCCUGCCUGACAGAGCGGCCUCCGUGACUCAAGUGCUUGAUCAGGAGAGAUGGUCACGAGCUGAAGAGAGGACUGCAGAACUUAUUGCUUGCAUACAGCCAAACCAACCCUCUGAGGAUCGAAGAAAUGCUGUGGCAAGAUAUGUGAAAUGCCUAAUCAAGAAGUGCUUUCCGUGUGAGGUUUUCACCUUUGGAUCAGUACCUCUAAAGACUUAUCUACCUGAUGGAGACAUUGAUUUAACAGCAUUCAGUAACAUGCCAAAUUUGAAGGACAAUUGGGCAAAUAAAGUACAAGAAAUUUUAAAGAGUGAAGAGAACAAUGAGAAUGCUGAGUUCCGUGUGAAAGAUGUUCAGUGCAUAAACGCAGAGGUGAAAAUAAUAAAGUGCCUUGUAGAAGAUGUUGUAGUAGACAUCUCUGUUAACCAGCUUGGUGGUUUAUGUACACUUUGCUUCUUUGAGGAGGUGGAUAGCUUGAUAAACCAUAGUUAUCUAUUCAAGCGCAGCAUUAUAUUGAUUAAAGCUUGGUGUUACUAUGAGAGCCGUCUCUUGGGAUCUCAUCAUGGCCUUAUUUCGACUUAUGCGUUGGAGACCUUGGUUUUGUACAUAUUUCAUGUUUACAAUAAUUCAUUUGCUGGACCUCUCGAGGUUCUUUAUCGUUUUCUAGAGUUCUUCAGUAAUUUUGAUUGGCAUAACUUUUGUCUUAGUCUGCAGGGCCCAGUGCCAAUUAGUUCACACCCUAACAUGGCUGCGGAUCCUCCAAGAAAUGAUGGUGGAGAGUUAUCACUUAGCAAAUUGGUUUUCGCAUGUACAUCUGAGUAUGCUGUUUUGUCUCAAGGCCAAGCAAAUCCAGAGCAGCCCUUCAGUUUGAAACAUUUUAACAUCAUUGAUCCAUUGCGUGUUAACAACAAUCUUGGGCGCAGUGUCAGUAAAGGUAACUUCUUUAGGAUUCGUAGUGCUUUUUGUUUUGGGGCUCAACGACUGGCAAGGUUAAUUGAAUGUCCAAAAGAGAAUCUAAUUGCUGAACUGAACCAGUUUUUCAUGAACACAUGGAACAGGCAUGGGAAAGGCCAUCGCCCCGAUGCUCUGAGUGUUGAUAUGCAUGGUCUGCAAUCUGGUAACUUGAAUAAGAUUGAUAGGCCUGAUAGUUUCAGGUAUGGUUUAAGUAGCACCAGGGAUGAAGUGACAGAAAAAUCUACCUGUUAUACAUCUGAGAUGACAGGGAGUCGUUUUUCUCUCACACAACUUGGUGAUUCUUCCCAGCAUGGUAAACAUACCCUGACAUGGAUGUCUAGCACUGGUAAUGGAUCUGCUGUUUCUCAUACUGAGAACCGGAAAACUUGCACCAAUGCUACUAAUCCAGCAUCUUCCCAUCAGAAACAUCAUGAUUUGCAAAAUGUUAGUUCAAAUGAGAAUACACAAGUUGAUAGGAGUAGAAAUUCUAGAUCUGAUUUCUUGAGGAAAGAAGUACGUGUCAGAUAUCAGUUUGGGAGGACAUAUUCUAGUCCGGAACUCACAGAUAGAUCCAGUGACAUUUUAUUUAGAUUAAGGAGUGGUAGUGUAUUAGAAUCAGGCAAUGGAAGGAAUGCUCCAACAAAGUCAGAUAAUAGGAGACAGAACUUUUGUCCCGAAGGUUUGGACAACCAUAGUGCAAAAUUUCCAACUGAAGAUCACCCAAUUUCAAGUCAGAACUCGUCCCAUCAGCAUAUUGAUUCUGCUGUUGAUUUGCAUGGUGCUUCAAAUAGUUGCUAUGAUGGUUCUGGCAUGGGUUACAUGGGAAAACACAGCCACCCUGUUGCUGAGACAAUGCAGAUGUAUCAGGAAGAGCAAGAUUUUGUGAACAUGAUGGCAUCCAGGUUUAAUAUCAAUGGACAGGUUCAGAUGCAAGUUCCCAUAUCACCUACUGUAGUAUCUUCACUGGGAUAUGCUAAAAAGAAUCUGGUUGCGACCGUUCCCACAAAUAUUCCUGUUAUUAGGUCCCCUUGGAUUUCCAAGAUGCAUUAUUCUCAAGGUUUAUUUCCCUUGCCAGUAUCUCAAUAUCAUCAAGGUAUAGGAAUGACAUCAAAUAGAGAAGAAUUUACUAAACUAGUUGACAGUAAUUUGAUAUCAAAGGAGUUGAAUCAAGAAGACAGUGAUCUUGGUUUCCAGCAUGAGCAGAACGUUGAUUCUCUAAGAGAUUAUGACCACGGUAAUAGAAAUUUACAAGCUCGACAGCUGGAGGAUAGGCAACAAUUUUCUUUGGGGUGUAGUUCAUCUGAAGUUACAGAUAGUGGAGGUUUGAUUGGGGAAAUAUAUGUUGGCAGUUUCCCUUGCGAAAGGAUUUGGGAAACUGAUGUUAAGUCUGGUGCCAGUUCAAGAUUUGUAUCUUCCCAACCUAUUCCCUCGAGAAUCAAACCAUCUUCAGAGAAGUUCUGGGAUGGAUCUCCUUCUAGACCUUACAAGUCAACACGGGAUAAGCAUGGCAGGAAAUCAGUUUUUUCUACAGACCCUUCUACUAAGGAGGAGUUGGCUAGGAAUGGAGGGCAUAAUGAGGGUGAAUCAGUUGAUCCUGUUUCUUCUGAGUCAGAUGAGGCCACAAGAGAGCAGAUCCCACUUCCAACAGCAUGCACUGAUGUUGUGGAAAGCUCAGUUUCUGGAUCUGUUUUUUCUUCACAUGUUCAGACCCAUCAAGUACCUCGUUAUGAACCGGCAUUAGUGAAUGGAUCAAAUUCAGACCUUCCGGUUGCUUCAGUAUUUGUAGGUUCUCAAUCAGAGCAUAAUGAUGGCAAAAACCAAGGGGUAUUACCAUUUACACUUUUUCCAAUGUGGACAGGAGUCACAGGAAUUCGAUUGCCAACUAUGCUUCCAAUGUAUAAUCUCUCAACUGAGACAGGAAUCUCUAGUGCAUCAACGAACCAUUAUGAUGGGGAUGAAGAGUUUGAUAAUUGUCCAGAACAUCAAUCAGAUCACAGCUUAGAUUCAACUGAAAGCCAUGAUCAGUCAAAGCUUUACAAAACGUAUAAUUCUAUGAAGGAUGUUGCUUCUUUGGAGCCAUCUGAACAUCACGAGACUGACAUUUUAAAAAGUGAUUUUGUCAGCCACUGGCAGAACCUGCAAUAUGGGUGGUUUUGCCAGAAGGCUGAACUGCAUGGGCCUUUACAUCCUUCCCUCGGUAUGGUGCCACCAAUGUAUGCGCGGGAACAUUUCACAUGGGAUAAAACUGGAAUACCUCCUGCUGCAAAUAUUAACCUCCUCUCACAGCUUAUGGGUUAUAGUCCUAGCUUCACUCCGGUUUCCCCUAACCAGCCUAUAGAUGAUUAUGAGCACCAGGAUGAAAUACCCAGAUGUCGUAGCAGUACUGGAACUUAUCUGCCCAUUCAUAAGAGGUCUUUCCGUGGCCGGAAAUCUUCAAAUACCAGGAAUCACAAGAGGUAUCAUCGCUGUGAUCGGAAGGAUCAUGUUGGUGAGAGGGAAGGAAGCUGGAAUGCAAAUUCAAAGCCACAACUUCCUGCUCGUGGCCAGGGUUGUAACCAAGUUAAGAAGCCAAACAGGAGAAUGGAUAGGGCUACAGCAAGCAGUAACCGAUCUGAUAAGUCAUGGGAUUCAUUUGAGCAUGAUUGUCUUCCGUCAUACCAUUCUCACAGUGUUCCAUCAACUAUCUCAAACUCCAUAAAUCAUGGCUCUGCAACUGUGGCAUCUGGCAUGAAUUCCUUACCAUUUGUAAAUCCUAGUGGUCUUUCUACCUCUGGAACUGCUGUACCAUCCCUAGUUAAGCUCUAUCCAUAUGAUCAAAACAUGGAAGUUGGUUCUCUUGCCGAGCAGCUUGAGUUUGGCUCUCUUGGAGCAGUUCGUUCAGGUGCAGAUGAAGCAGCACAUGUUGUUGAGGGUUCAUCAAGGGUUGUUGAUGAGCAGCACAAAAGCCAUGACCAUUCUGGACUUUCUUCUUUGGAUCAGCUCUCCUUUUCUCAGCUUCAAAGAUCGGCUGACUGAAGAAAUUAUCAACUCAAGAGAUUCAAUUGGAGCAAGCAACUAUGCCGCCACCUGCCUAAGCCUAACCAUACCGAGCCACUGUAAACUUAACUACUCACUUUUAGCAAAAUCUUCAUCUCUGCUCCAGCCACUUGUACAUUCCUUUCAUGCAAUUCGACGAUAGCCACUUUGUGAACGGCCAAAUAUGUUUGUGGGAGGGAGAAGCCAUAUUUGUAGUACAUAAGAUAAGAGUGAUUGUGAUGUUGAAAAUUCAAAAGGAUUAUCGUGUUUCCAUUUCGCUCUACAGGGUUCAUUAAUUCACUAUUUACUGACUCAGAUGAAGAAUUAGUUAUAUUUUAGUUCAUUUUUCACUUUUAUGGUGCGUAGAAUCCACCAACUUUUCAUUAUAAAGAAAAAAGCGACUGUAAUUCUAAUCGCUGACUUGUACAGUCGUUUAAUACACACCAAAGCAUAUACAAAACAGCUAAAGCCUCCAUUUUAUAGGCAGGCCAUUCAUUGAUCCUAAU